UGGGGCGGGGCCAAUUUUGACCCCAGGGCUUUUAUUUGAACAAACUUGGUAGACACUCACUAGAAGAUGUUAUAUGCCAAAUAUCUAAGCUCUAGCUCUUUGGGUUUUUUAAAAGAAGGUAUUUAAAGUUUUUUCUUUCGGUUGCCAUGGCAACCAGAGUUCUGCAUGGAAUUAAAUUCUUUGAACAAUUUUAAAGGUUACCACCAAAGGAACAUUCCUGUGAAGUUUGGAUAAAAUUGGCUCUGUGGUUUAUGAGGAGAUGUCAUUUAAAGUAAAAGUUUACGGCCGGACGGACGCCGGACGAAAAGCGAUCACAAAAGCUCACCCUGUCACUUUGUGACAGGUGAGCUAACAAAAGAAUCGCUUAAAUCUUCAAAAUCUUCCUGUAUUUGUUAGCUACCUAUAUGAGUCUUGUCUCAUAACAAGUUUUGUUUACAUAAGGACAAUAAUUUUCUAUUUACCAUUGAAAGAAUAAAAUAAAUAUGGGGAUUAAACUUAUGAUCACCACUGUUUUUCUGUGUAUAACAGUGAUUUCUACAUCUCCUGUGUGGAAUAGAAGCUUGGAAAUAAGGCUUCAAUCAGUUGAGAAUCAUACUGACAACAUUCAGUCUCAGAUGUCAUACCUCAAGGAAAAUGAUGAAGAUAUUUGGACAAGACUAGCAAUGAAUACUAAUCUUAUAAACAUUUUAAGUAAUGCUCAAGCUACAAAUCUGAAGAACUACCGAGAAACAUCAAACAAUUCUAUAUGUAUGAAACAACUGGACAGUUUAACACAGAAGUAUGACAGCUUGUUGGAAAAAUAUGAGACAUUGGAAAACAAGAAAUGUCCAUCUGGCUGGUUCCCUUAUAUGAACUCCUGUUACAUAUUGAAGAAAGAGGCAGUAGAUUGGUUCCAAGCUCAGGAAUGGUGUAAGAAAAAUGAAGCAAAACUUGUGGAGUACAGUGACAUGGAUGAAGUGACCUUUGUUUUAUCAACAGCUAGAUCUUAUCAUUACUGGGGUACACGUAAUUGGGCUGGAUUCUGGGUAGGAGCUACUGACCUUCAGCAUGAGGGAGUUUUCAAAUGGAGUUCAAGUCACAACAACUUACACUUCAACUACUGGUUACAAGGGCAACCAGACAAAAUAUCUGUUGAUGAAGACUGCAUGGUGACACAGGUUAAUCAACAAGGCAAAUGGAAUUAUGCUCCAUGUAAAGGGAAACUUAACUUUGUGUGUGAAAUGUAAGGAUGUAAACCAAUACUUGUACAUUUACGAGGGCUGUCCAAAUAAGUCAUGGACAACAAAAUUUAAAUAUAAAAUAGUUAUAACAGGCUUCUUGAAGUUUUUAUUGACAUUUAAUAAGUCAUUGUUGAGUGUCAUCAGUUGUUUGUGCACAGUCAGCAAGAUCAAGAUAUCAUUUAAUUUGAUAACACAGAACAAAUAAUAAGACUAUCUUGUGACGUGAUGCCGCCUACACUCCAAAAUCAUAAUUAAGUUAUGUGACAUUAUGCAAACAUUUCUCAUUUUAAAAGUAUCAACUCUGUGUAGUAGUAUAUACUUCUGAUACCUGGUCACUUAUUUAUAGGAGACACCAAUUGUCUUUUGAAAUUCUUAAAAGUCAAUUUUUUAUAUUCUAAAAUUUCUGAGAGACUACUAACUGUUUUAUUUUCAACUUUCACCACUGUUUAUGAUUGCUCAACUAUGGACAUCCUUAUUUUGCUUUUUUGUCACCUGUUAAGACACUUUUAAGCUAAAACUUGCAUAACAUUGUAGUACUUUUUCACAGAUUUUUACCCUUUUGUUACAUUAAAGGACAUGUAUGUAUCAUUCAGCACCAAAACAAAAAUUGAUUCUAUUUGCUGGGCCUCAUUAGCGUCAAAUGUUGUAUUUUUAUUGUGCUUAUAUGAUCACAGUAUGAGUAAAAUAAGUACUGUAAAGAUUUAUGUCUUGCAAUUUCCCUGAGCAUCAGAUAGACAGUAAAUCAGGCAGAUUUUUUAAUGUCAAUGACCAUUUAUCUUGUUCUGAAGAUAAUGAUGUAAUUAAGGUGUAAAAUAAUGAUUAGUCUGUAAAAAUGCUUUAAUAUAAGAUAAUGUAUGUGUAUUUAUUUGAAAUUAUGUUUCUUAAUUUAAUUAAAAUUGAUGGAGAUACCUGUACAAUUACGCAAAGUUAUUUUAGGCUCAGGUGUUAUUUUUUUGUUUUACAGUGAUUGUCCAUGACUUUAUUGGACAUAAACAAAACAAGUAAUUGAAUAAAACUUUAAAUCUU